AUGCCAUAUUCUAAUCCUAUACAUCCUAAUACUUUAGUUCAAUGUGAUAGUGAAAAUGAUACUGGGAAUAUUUGUAUUGUUUACAGGAAUGAUGCUAUAACUAUUACGACUAUCCCUAAUUGGUUUAAAAGAUAUAGAGCUGGCAAUUUUGACUUGAAAAAUGAAGGAACCUACAGCCCAGCAACGACAAAUAUAGAUCUUAUCAAGGCCAUGCUUGUUGAAAAUCCGCGAUACAAUAUAUCAAAAUGCAUCGAAAAUGUACUUGAUUUAAGGACAAUAGACCUUCAACUUUCGCAAAGUCUAGACUUCACCCGAAGAAAGUUCUUUUAUCCAUUUGUUGACAUUGAAAAGAAAAAGGAAAUAAUGAGAGAACGUGAUAGACAUAUUGAUAUUCAUAUUGACCAGAACGGUUCAGACAUAACGCAAUAA